AUGUCCUAUUCCAUAUCCAAGUUUCCUGAUAGAGUGUCUUCACUUUUCAAGCCCCGGCCUCCAUUGCAGUAUCGUAAACCAGUAGAUUAUGCCCCAGAGGAGCGGAAAACAGCGACAAUAACGCCAGUAUCGUCGGUGCUGGGUACAGAUGCACUGAUGAGAUACAUGCAGGAGUUCCCCACGGGCUCGGAGAAUCUUCUUAUACAACGAUAUGAGGAGCUCAAGACCAUCAACUCGCGCAAAGAACAAGAAUUGGAGGAAGAGCUCGCCAAGUGGGCGCCGGAAAACGAUACUAAUAUCCAGGGCACAGAUCCAUUUCGAACGAUUUUCGUGGGGCGCUUACACUAUGACGUGGACGAGUUGGAGCUGCAGAAGCACUUUAUCAAAUUUGGCGAGAUCGAGCGGGUACGAAUCGUCCGUGAUAAGAUCACCAACAAGCCGAGAGGCUACGCCUUCGUAUUGUUCCGCGACCCAGAAUGCAGCAAGAAGGCGUACCGCGAAAUCGGCGUACACAGGGGGCUGAUGAUCAGGGGGCGGUCUGCGAUUGUCGACAUUGAGCGUGGUAGAACCGUCAAGUUCUUCAGGCCCCGCCGUUUGGGCGGCGGUCUGGGAGGCAGGGGCUACAUGCAGCGAGAAAAUAUGAACCAGCUGCCGCCCGCUGCGGAUGCCUCAGCAAAGCGCAGCUUGGAACCCGGCCGCCGGUCGAGGUUUAACUCUAAUGCAUCGUAUGGAAGGUUCCAAGGAUACAGCUCCGGUUUCCGCCCUGGGUCGUACUCCCACGGGCCGAGGUACAUCCGUGAGGGUUCUUCAUAUGUUCCUGGCGCGUCUGCCGGGCAACCGCCUGAGGGCCCUGCCGCUGCUGCAGUAAGCCAGCAGCCUCCACAGAGCUCUUACCGGUCCCGCCGCGACAGAACUUCUACACCUGACAGUUCCGGGGCCACAAGUCGAUGGACUGCUAGUUAG